UUAUACCACAGCCAGCCAGCCCCACCACGCCCACCAUUUUGAUCAAGCAAGUCGUCAAGAGAGAAAGGAUCUCCACAGUCCAUUGACUCGUGCCUGCCCAGCAUGUCGUCCCCACAAUCAAGCAGCCCCCAGUCACCAGGGUCCAGCUACAAGUUCCCUGAGGCUCUCUUGACAAGACCUCGCUGUCUAGUCGGGCUCUCUGGCCUGGACACGAUCAACAACGCCAUACACCGGCUAGUCUGGGAAGAGUUUAACAAGCAGCGACCGGAAAAAAAGCCGAUCUCAUAUAAAAAUGUUCCUGCAAAUCACCUCUAUCCGAAGAGCAGUGAAAAUCGUACCACUUACGAUGACUAUUCCCCUGUGGGCAUCCUAAAGAAUAACUGGCUGGCCAAGCACUCGGAGGAGCUGCCAGCUCUUGUCGGGUUCUUCUUUGACCUGGACUGGGAGGACCCUCAAUGGGACGAGAGGCAGACUGAAUGCAUCUCAAAGAUAGAGGUCAUCAGGUCGACCCUAGAGAACAGAGCCACAGAGAUUGUGAUAGUGCUCCUCCAGUCCUCUCCGCCCAUGCCAGCUGGUGACGCCACCGCCCACAGUGAGAAGGCAGCCACUCUGUGUGCUGCUUGUGAACUGCCGAGAGUCAACCUCUUUGUACUGCCCUUUACACAGAGGCCACAAGGAUUCAUUGUGAGGAUCGAGGAGGCAUUCUACAAGAAAGCUGCCGUCUACUAUACCAACCAAGUGCACACUGUUAGAGCACAUAAGGACAUGAUCAUGCCCAAGCAGUCGAUGCAACUAUUGAGCAUAAGACACCAGUUCAAGAUAGCCUUCUUUACUGAAAUGAAACAAGACCCUGCGGCUGCAUUGAGGAUGUACAACCUCACCUACACCCAUCUCUUGGAGACCAUGUACCUAAGUGUAGACAGGAUAAUGGAGUUCAAGUUAAUAGCUGGGUUCAUCAACUACAAGAUUUGCCGACUCUAUUUUGAUUCAGAUGAACCUUUGUCCGCCAUUUCCCAGUUCAGGAAGCAUAUCGAUCGGUUCUCCCGGGAACAAGGUCCCCCACAGCUGGCCUUUGAGCACUCGGAGUGGAUGUCAAGACAGUUCAGUGCUUUUGCCGACCUCUUCUCGGAGGCCACCAGGAGAGGACUUAAGAGUCUACAGAUACAAAACCCUGGUCUCUACUUCCACAAUGCUGCUCUCUACGCCAUUGAGAGGAAACAGUACGCACAGCGGCUCUGUUUGGAGGCAGCAAAGGUAUUGACGUUGUCUCAGGCUGCUAGUGAGCUGAGAGCAGGUGACCAGACUGUCUACUUUGGCCAACGACCUUGGAGGCGUGGUCUACCAGAUGACAAACCAUCCAACGAGGAUCAGUGUCAAAAGUACAUUCAGGCCAUGAAGGCAAUGGAGUACAGAGUGGAACACUCGUGGCAGAUUAUCCCCCUAUUGACGAAGGCCAUAGCCCAGUAUAAGAACCAUCGGUGUGAGAGAGUGGUCACUCACCUCAAGGUGCUCAUGGCACACGAGUACUACCUUGUCAAGGAUUGGGACAAGGCCUUGGUUUUGCUGAGUGCUGUGUGUGCAGUAUAUAGGAAAGAUCAAUGGUGGAAUCUGCUAACCAGUGUGCAGCAGCUGGCUCUGAGGUGCUCUUAUAUCCUCGGUGAUCUCGAGGCUUACUUGACAUCUGCCCUGGAGCUGAUUAGCAACUACCUCCUCGUCUCAGCUGAUGAGAAGAAGAGAAUACAAAAUAACGUCACUCGAAUCUUCCAGGGUACUAGCCCCUUCCCUGAACCGGGGGUGGACGGAGAAUCACUGGGCGGGGCCUCUUACAAAUGGGCCAAUCUGUUGGGGCCGAGUGACCAGAAGAGCGGAGUUAAAGUGACAAUGUCGUCUCUGGCCAGUUGUAUUGAUUGCAAGACUGAGUUCUCCCAGCCUGAAUUCACGGCUGACUCUAUAGUUGAGGUCAAAGUUCAUUUACGCUUAACCGCACCCCUACCAACAACUCUUUCACAGCUGAAAAUCGAGUUUGUCCAAGAGGACUACAACAGUUGGUGUGUGCUCUCGGAGGCGUUUCAGUUGGAGCCCCUCACCACCUAUACUGUCCCGUUCUCGUUCCCUGCCCACCAGGACUCAGUGGACUCCAGCAUUGAGGUGAAAUCUGUCCAGGCUGUGUACGGAGCUGUGAAUAGUGAGGAGGGUGGAGGGUGUGAGGGGGUGGUGGUGUGGAGUGGUGGAGUGUCAGAGGUGUUCACCUCCAAACCACUGGACCUGAGUUGGCAGAAGAUUACCACAAGAGUAUCAACCUUUAUCAAUCCGUGUCCAGCUUCAGUGGGUAUCUCCCUCUCCCACAAUCCCCCGGUCCUCACUGGGGAGUACUACCCCAUCAAGCUGUCCAUAUGUAACCAAGAGGUAGGGCAGGGGCGUGGUCCAAUGACCAGCCUCCUUGUCACUAUAUCGCUACCCGAGGCACUGGACGAACCUCAACCACCAGCUGAGCUGCAUAGCUACCUGCCUCACACCAGCUCCCCUAGCGAUGUCGUUGCCAAGCCACCACAAGGUGGACAGACGUUGGAAGUGUCAUGUGACCAGCUGGGUCGAGGGGAGAUCCUGGAGGAAACUGUCUACUUGUGCACGAAGGGAGUGGGGCUCAGGAAGAUGAGUGUCACUGUCUCGUACAACAUAGCUUGUACAGUGAGGGAGGAGUGGGAACCAGUGGUAUGCAGCUGUCAGAAGGACCACACAGUCACGAUACAGUCUGCCAAGCCAUUCAAGCUUGUCUACAAACUCAUGUCCACAAGUUUCCAAUUGAUUGAGUCAGUGAUUUACGAGCAACCAUUCGUUCUGGUGACCGAAGUCCAAUGUACGUCACCGUGGCAACUGAGCAUUGUUAGUUCCCAGCUUGAACAGGGAAAGAGUGAGAGUGUUGUGACUGAACUGGGCUCUAGUGUGUCACAGAUUGAGGGAUUGACCCUUGACCCUGGCGAUCGUGCUACUGAGUGUCGUUGCCUGACAGCUGCCCCUCCCGAUAGUGGGCAGGACACAACCAUCCCCAUGGGGAUCCACACCAUCAAGUGGAGGAGGUCUUCUGACUCCAGCUUAGUUAAUCUCAGCAGUACUGUAGCGUUCUCUGCUGUGUCAGCACAAUUCCAUCCCUACAAUGUGUCUGCAGACAUUCCGGCCAGUGGUGAGUUGAGUGAGGUGCUACCUGUCUCGUACACAGUACACAACAAGACUGGCCUCCUUCAAGAGUUUGAGGCCAAAAUGGGAGCUACUGAUGCGUUCAUGUACUCUGGAAACAGACAGGCUCGUUUUCGGAUUCUCCCCAAGUCGAAGUACACUCUCACCUUCAACCUCUGGCCAGUGACGACUGGCCUCGUUCCUCUGCCAGCUCUGGACUUGUUGCAUCAGCGUGAAGGGGAGGGGCAAAGAGGGUCUCACCCUGUAAUUAGUACCCUACCAGACUCUAUCUUUAUAAAACCCGCCCCUUUAGUAAGAGUUGACUCUGUUAGCAAUGCUUUAUGAGUUGUACAAUACUUAUAAUACAUGUAUGUAUGUAUGUAUAUGCUUUUCGGUUUCAAAAUCGUUAUACCUAUGGUUGCUUAACUCGCUUUGA